AUGCUGUUAACCAUUCCUGCCAUAACACAAGAUCAGAAUAAAAAGAAGUCAUCUUCUUCCAAGAGCACAUCUUACUAUGGGCGACUAGAUAAACCAAACAUAGGUAAAGUGACAUUUGGCCAAUACGAGUUUGAGCCUUGGUAUGGCAACCCUGCUUACUUCCAUCCAUACGAAGGUGUACCGAACAUGUUGGGGUACGAAUAUGUUAAUAUGAAAUCCAGAGAUCCAAUUGCUCGAAAACGACUAAAAUCAUAUUCUGCAGAGGACUGUUUUGUUGACCACCUAUACGUUUGUGAAUAUUGCUUUAAGUAUACUGCCAACGAGAAUGAGAUGUUGGAACACUGGGAAGUGUGCAGCUUCCAUAGGGAGAAUCCCAAUAUUGGCACCUCAGUGUACUACGAUCGCAAAAAGAACCAUAUAAUUCGAGAAGUUAAAGGGUACGAGGAUCCACUAUUUUGUCAAAACUUGUGUCUAUUUGGAAAGUUAUUUCUCGAUGACAAAUCGGUAUACUUCAACAUUGACCAUUUCAAUUUUUACGUCUUUUACGCCAAAGAUAAAGGGGAAACAGACUAUAUACCAAUGGGAUUCUUUUCAAAAGAGAUGAUUGCUUAUGAUCCCAGCACCAAUUUGGCCUGCAUUUGCGUGUUCCCUCCGUUCCAGCGAAGGCACAUUGGCGCCAUGCUCAUCGAAUUUCUGUACGCAAUUGCUUCGUUGACGCAAGAGAGCAGCGGACCUGAGAUUCCCCUAUCACCAUACGGUAAGGUGAGCUAUCUAAGUUACUGGGCAAAAAAUUUAGCAAAGGAGUUGACGCAAAGACGAUUGAAAAAGUUUACGUUUGAGGAGUUGUCCAGAGCAACAGGCUAUCGAAAGGAAGACAUCUUGUUUACAUUGGAACAUAUGGAAGUUUUGGAAGUGGACUCCAACGGAGAAGUAUCAUUUUCUAGUGAAAGAUUUCAACAUUGGAUGAUAACCACCAAUUUUGACGCCAACAAACAACACCCACUACUCGAUACGGGCUCUUUCAAUUUGUAA